AUGAACGGCGCCGCUGCCUCACCACAGCACGCUGGUGCAGGGCCAUCUCAGAGACGGGACCUCGAGCGCCAGCCGACCUGGGCCAAGUUCGAUUUCGGCGGCGACUUCGACCUCGACCAGUCGACGCCGGCAUCAGAGCGUCCCGGCGACGCUGGACCCAGCCGAACCAAGCAGGCAAGAGCUCCCCUCUCGACGUCCAAGGCCUUGCAGGGUCAGGGCUCGGCAAGGAUGGGAGACUUUGCAGGCGCUGAUCCGAUGAUAGCGCAUCCAGAAGCGCUUGCUCAGGGGGGCUUCGAUCCGCGCCUCACGGCUGCCAGUGGAGCUGCGUCGGCAGCGCCUGCUGCUCCUGCCGCUGCCGGCCAGAGCGACUGGAACCGCACCCCGAGACUACAAUCAGAGUUCGCAAACGGCUUGUCUCGUCAGUCGCCCGACCAGCGGGCUGCCGCCGAGCGCCCGCAGUUUACGCCGAGCAACGGGCAACGGCCCUUUGCGGCCGGUGCCAUCUCGGCGUCUCCGGUAUCCACCCCGCGCGAUCAGCAUCGCGCACAGAUGGCAGCCGCGGCCUCUUCGAGCCCCUCGUACGCGAGCGCCGGAUUCGAUUCGGCAGUCAACACCACCCCAAAAGCGACCGGGACCAACAGUUUCAUCCCCCAGCAGCAGCAGCAGCGGCAGCAGCACCGUGCGGCGACGCACGAGCCGGCCUUUGUCGAGCGUCAGGAGCAAAGGCCGCCCCUCCACCGGCCGAUUUCGUCGGCCGACGCCUAUAACCAGCCCGAUCCGGUGCUCGCGUCGCUUGCGGCCGCUGGCAGCGGCGGCGGUAGCCGACCGGGCACCGCCCUCAGCCAGAUGAGCGGCGAAGGUUGGAUGUCCGAGGGCGCCGGCAACCGCAGCAGUUACAGCACCAACUACAGCGCCACGGGCAAGGAGGCCAGGCGCGCUUCGGUGCUCUCGUUCCAGACGGCCAUGAGCGGGGGCGGCCUGGACGGCUUCGCCAGCGGUGAUGAGGCGAGGACAUCCAGCCGUGGCGGCGACGACAAUUUCGAGGAGGCCACCGAGGCACUCGCUGCCAGGCCGGUGCCGGGGACCAAGAGUGGCAGGGCUCUUCGCGAGAGCAUCCAGCCCUGGCUCCAAAACUCCAACUUCAGCGGCUACGGCUCUUCGCCCGAUGAGCGAACUCUGCCCGGCGCCCUCCCUCCAGGCGCCUGGGGCGAGCCAAGCUACCGCAACAGCACGUCGAGCCCGGCUUCGCGCACGGUACCGCUCUACAGCUCGUAUCGCCAAAGUCCCAAGACGGCCAGCUCGGCGCUUCCUCCGCUUCCACAAGAAGAGCCCGCCUUCCAGCCGGUGCCACCCCCGGUGCCCGCCAAGGCGACUGCGUCUCUGCCGGCGACCAGCCCCAAGCUGCCCCCGCUCCAGAUGCCCGAUCUGCUCUCCAUCCCCCGGUCCUCGGCGGCGGCAGGGCCUCCCUCUUCGACAAUCGGCCCGUCUUCGGACGCCGGACAGACGGUCGGACCGCCCUCGGCCAACGAAGCCGUAUCGACCGCGGCCGCAAGGUCCGGCAUCGCUUGGGCCGACGCCUCCGGAUCCAUGCCAUCGGCCGGUGCAUCCGGUCGCGAUGCGGGCGUCGAGACGGCGAGCACCGUGGACGGACCUCUCUCGGACAAUGUGAUCCCGCCGCCAUUGCCGUCGGAAGUCGCAGAGGCGGCUCAUCGUCCGGGUGAGUCGCCCGUCACGCCCGUGGCGCCCGUCGCCCAGAAGCCGGUGUCGGACUUUCGACGAAAGCCGCUGGCCAACCUCGGCCCCGAGGAGCCGGCCGCUAGCCCGGCGCACCUGCAGUCGCUGAGCGAGCCCGGUCGAGCGGGCGUCGUCGGCACGGCAGGAGAUGCUGGACAACGCGCUAGUGAAAGCGGCACCGCUGCGACGGCCGCGAAGGGACUCGAGGCGGACGGCGAAAACGCUGGCGCGGCCGCGCCUAUCUCGACCCCUGCGGAUGGCAGUGCCGUCCCGGCCGACCGUCAGCGACGCCCUUCCAGCGCCAGCCUGCUGCCUACGGCUGCGCUGGCCCAGCCGCCGCAACCGACGGCGGCGUCUGCCGCGCUCCUCGAGCGGUCCGCAUCGCCCAGUAUUGAGGGCCCGUCAAGGGAGCCGAGCCCUCCGCCGGACGGCGAGGUCGAGGCGAGGGCCGAGUGGGAGCGCACGCAGAUGAAGCGCAAGCAGAAGCGCGAGGAGUCGGCCGCGAAAACGAGCAGGACCUCUGGCACCCUGCGCAGCCAGCUCAGGCCGCUGCAGCUCGUGCCCGCAGAGUCGGUGCUCGGUCCGGUCGAGGACGCGAGGACACCGGUGUCGGCGCACGUCCAGGAUCCCGCAGCCUGCACGUCGCCCAGCAGCGCACGGCGACCCUCGGGCGCGGCGCUCGACGGAGUCUCCGGCACCAAGGACGGCGGCAACGCCAACAACAGCAGCACCAAUCCCAACCGGCAAUCCAACGCGUCGGAUGCCGUCGUCAGCACGCAGCAGCUGCAGCGGAACCAGGCACGGGAGCAGAGGAGGAGCGUCGGAGCCUUUAGCGCCUCGAUGGCGGCCGCCAACGCCGUCUCGGGCGGGUCCAACGGCCCUUACCCCGUCUUCACCUCGCCGACCGUGGCGAGCAAGAAGGGCGCGCGGCAGUACCCUGGCAUCAUGCCGCAGCGCAGCCUGGUGCCGCCGUUUGAGCUGCAGAACCGGCCCGACGGGCUGCCGUCCGGGCUGAUUGGACCCGACGGCGUCCGCCGCAGCAUCAACGACCCCGAGGUCUGCCUCGAGUGCAUGAUGCGCGACGAGGACAUGAUCGACGUGCAAGUCGUCGGCGAGGGCAUCUGGGAGCGCGAGAGCGACAAGGACUUCCUCGAGGCGGUACGAUUCGAGGCUGAGGAGGCCUCCCGGCAGCACCAAAGGGCUGCCACCGAGGAAGGCGAGGGCGGCAGCGUUCACGAGCACAGCAGCAACCACGGCAGCUCCUCGCAGCGCCAUACGCUAUCGUCGUCCGAGCGCGCCCAGAGCCGCAACGCGACGCUGCCGCCGAGGCCGCGGCACAAGAAGAUCGGCAAGGGCGAGCCGCUGACGUCGGAGAGGCUCAAGCUCCACACUCAGAUGAACCCGCCGGCGUCGUCGCAUCGCUGGCGCACGCUGCAGACGUUCCUGGCGGUGCAGGCAAAGUACAUCGCCAUGGAGCACGAGAGGCUGAGGCACGAGGCAGAGCGUCGACGUUCGACCGCCAUCGCGCCCGGAGCGACCACCGCCGGCGCCGGCGGGCGUGGCAGCCCCGAUCCUGGACGCCAGUCACCGGUGCCCGCCGGCACACCUGGCCGCGAUGCCGCUUCGAGCCUGCGCAAUCGCAGCUCCUCGGGAAGCCUCCUCAAGAACGCCAUCGUCAUGGACGACGACGGCCUCUCGCCUGCAGAGCGCGAGGAGAAGCUGCGCGACAUUGCCUCAGCCCGUGCGGCACGCAGCAGGGCCGCAGGGCUUGGAGCUCCACACCCCGUCGCGUCCACCCCGCCAGCUUUGCCCUCAGUGCCUCCCGUACCGCGGCCCGUCUCGUCUCUGCAGCAGCCGCCGGUCCCGGCGGCGGCAAGCGAUGUCGUGCCUGCGAGCAGCGGAUGCCUUCCUCAGUUGGGCACACCCGUCCGAACAGGGGCAGCGGCCGGAAAGAGGACCAGCAGCGCUCACGAGCUGCGUCCGCCCUCGGGCGCCCUCUCGUCCCCGGUCCCGUACCCGCCCAGCCCCGCCGAGAGCCUGGCGCCUCCCUCCCGUCCGUUUGUUCCGACUUCGCCGAGCGCGUCCUCGCGCCUCGCCUCUCGGUCUGGAGCUUCGCAGCUUUCGCUCAUGCACAGCGGCUCGAUGAUCGACAUGCACGUGGCGCUCGAGGAUCGCAACGAGCACCGCCUCAACCAGGCCGGCUUCAUCCCCGGCACUCCGAUCGCCAUGGAGAGCCCCGGCGCCAUGAGCCGGGCCUUUUACGGCUUCCCUGGCGACGGCGAGGUGCCCGCACCGGACAUGGCGGCAGAGCAGGCCCGUAUCGUCCCCGGCGAAGGUUACGUGGACCCAGAGCGGGCGAGGCCCGAGGGCAUGCGCUCGUCGCCGGCGCGGGACGAGUCGAUCAAGCGAAAGAAGAAGGGCUUCCGCGGCUUCAUCUCGAAGCUGACGGGCAGCGGCGGGGGCGGCUCGACUGGCAACGGCAGCAGCCACACGGCCGGCGCCUCGGGUGCUGGCAGCGUCAACGGCAGCGUCGCCAGCCGGAACGCGAGCAAGCGUUCGCGCUCCUCGUCCAGCCCGCGGGCCGCGUCGGCCUCGCUGCCCUACGAUCCCACCGUCGAUCCCGUCCCGACGCAGAUCAAUGGCGGCGGCGGUCUGAUCAGCAAGGCGAGGAAGUCGAUGUCCCUCUUCACCGAUCCCACGCAGGCGCAAUCGGCGGAUGACGAGGCGCUUCUGCGAUCGAGAUCGCAGACGCAGCUGCAGAGCCUCCCGGCGCCCUUUCAGAAUCCGCCGGGCAUGGCGAGCCAGUCGAGCCUGGACCUGGGGCCCUUCCAGCAGCAGCCGACCAACGCGAUGCCGAUCGACCCGCGAGCCUCGCGCAGCGGCGUUGGCGCCAAGGACUCGGCACGCUCGUUCAGCUCCUCGCGAUCGCUCACCAACAUGGGCAGCCCUCGCGACCCGUCCACGCCUUGGACGAUUCCGGAGAAUGGGGUCGAGGACCGUGCGGACCAGCGCAGCCUGUCGAGCGUCGGCCGCAGCAGUCUUCGAAAGGAGCUGCCGCCGAUGCCAUCGGCCGAGGGCGAGGAUCAGAUGGGGCAGCCGAUGCCGAUGGUGAGCCAGCAUUCUCGCUCGGGAAGCAAUGGCGUCGCAGGCCCCAUACCGGCAGGUCGGCAGUCGAUGUCGGGCAGCUACGGCAACCGCAUGCCGUCUGCGCCAGUGGGCCGGACGUCGGGCGCGUGGCAGCUGUCCAACGACAGCGGCCGCCGCAGCAUGCAGGUCGGCCGUCCGCCGAUCCCCUUUACCUCGCCGUCACCCGCGCAGCAGAACCGGUUCGGCAACACGAGUCCCGAGGGAUCCCUGGCCGGCUCCUCGCUCAACGACGGGCCCAAGCGUCCUCCCAAGAACCCUCGGCGUCCGGACAACAUGACCGCCUCGCCCAGCUUCUCCGGCUCGACAGACUCGGAGCCCGAUCGCAGUGGCAGACCGGGGCCGAACAGCUUUGGCCAGGCCAUGGAGACGGACUUUCCGUCGGGCUCAGCGUACGAUGCGCUGCCGAAGCACCUGUCUGCGAUCGACCUCAACGACGCUCGCGCCGGGCAGCAGCAGCAGCAGCAGCAGCACCAGGACGAGGGCGACAAGGGCAACCGCAAGAGCAAGAUGCUGCGCCUGCCAUUCGGACGCAAGAAGCGCGAGUCGAGCGUGGGUGCGCCGUCGCCUUCGGUCUUUGUCGGCGGCGGGAUCGAGAACCAGCCCGAGGCGGCACCGAGGAAGUCGAACCUCGGGCUCGGCCCACCGCCGAUGCUGAGGAACCGACAGAGCUACUCUGGGCUGGCGCCGCCCAAGACGAGCAUGCACAUGGAGCGGCAGCGCGUGCUCUCGUCGCCGUCCGACGGACGGAUCGACAUGCCACCGCGCAGCCACAGCGCGUUUGGCAUGCUGUCGACGCAGCGCUUCGCCUCGGCCUCGGAGGCGAGGCUCUCGCGCGACGGGCGUGACAACCGUUGGAAUGGCGACGACGACGACGACGACGACGACGAAGGCGACGACGGCAUCGGCUUCGACCGCGACUACCGAGCGGGCCCGUACGGCAGCGGUGCCCUGACGGUUCCUCGCGGCGACGACGGAGGAGGCCGGAGGAACUCGACGAGCGGUGGAGCGGGCGGGUUUGGCCGAAAGAGCCUCAACCUGCUGCGCGAAGGGUUCCGGAUGCCCAGCUCGAGCAAGCUGGCCAACGGGCCCGAGAUGCCAUCGGCACAGCAGCAGGCGCAGGCCCCGUCGCCUCAGCAGCCGUCGCCGUCGCCGCGGCAGCAGCAGCGCAAGAAGCGCUUCGGCUUCUGA